AUGCCUUCCUUAGGAGACAACCUUGGACCACUACCCUCUGGUCCAGGAUAUUCAGUCGCUCAUCAACGGGUCGAGCUCGAUAUUGAUUUUCGAAAUCGCAUUCUGAAGGGCAACACUGAAAUCACGAUUCACCCCCACCGCAAGGACCUAAAAUCCAUUCACCUAAAUUUUCGUCAAGGUGAAUUAAAGCGGGUGGCCAUCAACGGCAAAACACCAACAGUUCAAUACACUGACCCCUAUUUAUCCAUACGACUCUAUGGUGUGCAUCAACACCACAAGCUUUCCUCAAAGCUUGGAUCACUAGCAUCGAUUCCUCCUGACUCCGAGCUUACAAUCGUCAUUCCGAAAACUAUCAGGAUAGAAGAACUCGAUCCACUGUCUCUCGAAGCCCAGACUCAAUCAUCCUUGAGACCAGGAGGUGCCACAGAUGAGCCAACAGAUGCACCAUCCGCCUUCAAGCCGGGAGAUGUUGUGUCCCCCCGGUUCACUGCAAUUACCAUCAAUGUCGAGUUCAUAAUAGACCGCCCUAGAGAUGGCAUACAAUUUGUUGGUGUUGAUAUUUGUGAUCCCCAAUACCCUCAUGUCUUCACAACUAAUUUUGCCACCAUUGGCAAGGGAUGCUGCUUGUUUCCUUGCGUCCAGACACUAUCCUCACGUUGCACAUGGGAUAUCUCCAUAACGUGUGCCCGGACUCUAGGUGAUGCCCUUAGUCCCCAUACUUGGCAAUCCCCAUCCGAAGCAAGAAACAAUAAUGCACAUACUACCCCAAAACCUGGAUUAAAGCUAAACUCAGAAGACCAGUCAAUGGAAAUGGUUAUUGCUUGUUCAGGGGACCUAACUGAUGAAAUUAUUGACGCGAAUGACAUAGCUAAGAAAACAGCCUCAUUCAGUUGUUCCACCCCAUUAUCUGCGCUGCAAAUUGGGUUUGCUGUUGGGCCAUUUGAAUAUAUCAAUCUUGCACAAUUUCGUGAGAGUGAUGAAGAUGAUCAACUCGGCCAGAAUGCUGUCCCUAUUCAUGCAUUUUGUCUUCCAGGACGAGCAAAUGAAAUCAGGAAUACUUGCUUUCCCCUUGCAAAAGCAAUUGACUUUAUCUCUCUAAACUAUGGUUCUUAUCCCUUUUCAAGUUACAAAUUGUGUUUUAUUGAUAAUGCUGCUCAAAACACAUAUCCUUAUGCUGCACUAGCUGUGUGUAGCAACCGUUUGUUGUUUCCGGAUGACAUCCUAGACCCAUUAUAUGAAUCCACCCGCUGCUUAGUCCAUGCUUUGGCUUCUCAGUGGGUAGGCAUAAAUAUAAUUCCAAAAGAGCCAACCGACAAUUGGGUAAUUAUCGGUGUGGCGUACUACAUUACGGAUACCUUUAUGAGGAAGUUAUGCGGAAAUAACGAGUUUCGUUAUAGACUCAAGUCUGCGUCAGAUCAAAUAUGCGAACUCGACAUUGCUCGCCCUUCGAUUUGGGCUAUAGGUGCCCUUUUAAACAUAGAUACUUCUGAACUGGAGCUUGUUUCUUUGAAAUCACCCUUGGUGCUCUAUAUUCUUGAAAGACGGCUUUCCAAGGCUAGCGGGAAAGCCACGGUUUCUCGAAUACUGUCUCGCAUAUUCCUUAACGGCCGAAUGGGUGAUAUGCCAAACAAUUCGCUGACCACUACUUAUUUUCAGAAACUUUGCGAGAGGUUUGGCCAUGUUAAACUUGACUCUUUUUUUCAGCAGUGGAUAUAUGGCGCUGGCUGCCCACGCUUUAUUGCAACCCAAAGGUUCAACAAAAAGAAACUGGUUGUGGAAAUGAUGAUACGCCAAGUUCAGUCUGAGAUGGUUGCGGCUCGUGAUCUUGAUGAGUCCACUUUUAUGCGGGACGUGAAAGAAGAACUCCAGAGUAUUUAUGCUGGCAAUUUACAGCAUGUCUUUACAGGCUCGAUGACUAUUAGGAUACAUGAAGCGGAUGGGACCCCCUAUGAACAUAUAGUUGAGAUUAAGGAAGCAGUCACCAAAUUUGACAUCCCUUAUAACACUAAAUACAAACGCCUGAAACGCAACAAAAGACAGAAAGAACGGGUCGCCACAUUGUCAGGGAUCGAUCUCAACUCUGAGCUACAGGAUGACACUUUGCUCUAUUGCCUGGGUGAUGUUCUUCAAUCCGAAGAGGAAAUGCAGAAAUGGAGGCUGGUAGAUUGGACAAAGGAAGACGAGGAUAGGAUGGGCCAAGAGUCUUACGAGUGGAUUCGUAUGGAUGCAGAUUUUGAAUGGAUAUGCAAGAUGUCUCUGACUAUGCCGGGCUAUAUGUACUUAUCCCAGCUACAGCAAGAUCGUGAUGUCGUUGCACAGCUUGAGUCAAUUCAAUACAUGGCUGCCCAACGAGAACACCCAUUAAUAUCAACUAUAUUUGUGCGGACCUUGAUGGAUAAGAGAUAUUUUUAUGGUAUUCGGACCGCUGCCGCGCAGGCAUUGGUGAAACACGCAAAAGAAGACGUAGAUUGGAUAGGCUUGUUUCACCUUGAGAACGCUUUCCAAGAGCUGUUCUGUCUACAUAAUUCUCCGAUGACACGAUCAAAUGACUUCUCAGAUCUCGCCUCUUAUGUUUUGCAAAUCUCGAUACCGCAGGCCAUUUCCAAUGUGAAAAACAAAGAUGGGAAGGCUCCACUGAGAGUCCAAAAAUUUCUUUAUGAAAAAUUAAAAUUCAACGAUAACUCCAGCAAUAAGUUCUCAGAUUGCCAAUAUGUCGCUACACUUAUGCAGUCUAUUGUUAAAGCUUUACUAAGCGAAGGAGAAGUACAGGGUUCCGGUUUGCAUAUUGGUUUAGACCAAGAAAUAGAGCUGCAGGCGGAGAGCCGACUUAGGCUAGAGCUAAUUGAAGAGAUCAACCGAUAUAAGCGGAUGGAUGAAUGGGCAAGUUCCUUCCAAAAUAUAUAUACGCGAACUGCAAUUGAUUGUCUACGCCGAUUGAUGAAAAAUGGUGCAAUUGAUGUCGAUUUGACCCAGUUUCUUCCAUAUACUCGUUUGGGCACUUUUGACAUGCUUCGGCUAGACGCUUUUAGGGCAUUACUUGAGCUGGGCAUUUUCAAGCAUCCGGAACUUCUCAGAUGGCUACUCUACACGAUGUCAACCGAUUCUUCAGCCUGGAUACGCCAAGAGCUAUUCAGAGCGUUCGCAAGGAGUCUAGCCAAUGUUGCGUUCGGCAAAGAAAGCGAUGAGAAUGAAGUAUCUUUGACUAGUCACCUUGUGAUUGAACAAGAGUCUUCUACAAAUGCACGAGAGGCAAAGCUUGCUCGCAAGCAAACUAUACCUGGUGCACUCGAUGCCUUAAAAAAUGAACUUUCAGGCAACGCAGCUUUAAGGGAUGCUAUAUGGUCAGCAUGCAAUUCUCGUCAAACCAGUCUUAAUGAAUUGAACGAUCUUCUCUGUGUUUGUUCGAUUCUGUACGAGCCCAUCGAUCAAAUGAUAAUUAGACUAAAGUAUUCAAAGUAUUGGAGAGCUGAGCAUCUGGGUAAUGGCAAGAUGCGGUUUUCGAAAUCGGGUCAAUAUCGCACCGACCUUUCAGGCAGAUCCAAACAUUCUCCUAUUCACAAUAGCAACCACGGAGUAGACAAAAGAAAGCGAAAUGAUUCACAUUCAACAUCGGCAAGCCGAAAAAUCACACUUAAAGUGCCCAAGCUCGCACUAUUGCCAUCUCCUUCCGAUCCCGCAACUUCUUUUCAAACAGGGUCAGCAACUAAGCUGAAACUGAGAGUCAAGGUUCCCACCAACUCUAACACGUCUCCAAUGUAG